GAUUUUAAAUGAUUUGGUAAGCCGGCUUUUUUGUACAGCGUGUGCCACCCAUCAGCACCCAUCUCUGUGCACACUACAAACGAUAAUCAAUCAAAGGAGACGUCGAGUUCAGAUGGAAUACAAUUCCAACUUGCUGGAAGCUCUCAUGCUGAAUAACAAAAACCAAAGCGAUACAUUCAAUCACGAUUGAUUUCUCUCAAAACUCGAAUUUGACACCAAAGCAUCGCCACAAUGGCAACGUCUCCAUUGACUCAAUUUCACCUUUUCUCCUCUCUUCCCUAUGAGCUCCGUCUCAAGAUCUAUGGCAUGCUUCUCAAUGAAGCUCGCACCGUCAAAAUAGACUGUGAGAAGGCCACUAUUAUCUCAACCCGCCGCCGCUACCUAAAGUCUUUCAAAUCACCAACUCCCAUCCCUUCCCUCCUACACAUCUGCCAGGAAUCUCGCGCCGAAGCCCUCGCCCACUACAAACCCCUCUUCCGUACGCAGCAUUCCCCAUCCUACAUCUACAUAAACUUUAGCACCGACACCAUAAAACUUGCGGAUGGGAUUAUCCCUUAUUUGGAUGGAGAAGAACGCGAUGGGAUAAAGAAAAUGGAGUUGGUGGUUUCGGACGGGGCAUAUUUUGGUCAUUACAAUUUGGAAGCAAUAUCCAACAUGAGCGGAUUACAGGAAUUGGAAUUGGAGGCUCAAGGAGAGGAUCUCAAUACUUGGCAGCCAGAGGGGCAUUACUUGAACAAUAUCAUGAAGGAGUUGAAGGAGAUGAGAAGAGAGAAACCGGAGUGGUGUUGUCCGAGGGUAACGCUCGUGCAUGGGAGGUUAGGUAAAGAGUUUGGGGUGGUCGAGGGAGGUAUCUGGACGGAAGCGGAUGAGGAAGAUUGAAAUGAUGAGGGCGAUUUCUUCUUCUUUCUUUCGCGUCGACGAUGAUGGUAGAUAGUACCUAGGUAUGUGUUGAAAUGACGGCGUGGAGUGAAUCUGUGAAAUUACGUGUAUAAUCCAUGUCAUGUUUAAUAUCUUGAUAUUCAUACAGGAAGUCCGCCAUUGCAUAUCGAAUAUCAUGGUAUACCUGAAACUCAUCACUUACUUUCUGAGCAAAUCGAUUUUGUCUUUGGACUUAUAUUUAGUGUCUAGAUCAUCCAUCUAAUUCCAUGAGCA